GGGACGGUCUCCUGUCUCCGAGGUGCGUCACGCAACGCGGCACUGCCACUGCUGAGCUUAUACUUCCGUGAUAUAUAAGGGGUGCACGAUGGCUGGGAUCGACAACGCCUCGUUCAUUUUCCCCACUUACGCCACCCUUCGUCCUUCAAAUCACCGUUCACGAUGUUCGCCCUCGUUAGCUUCCUCGCGCUCUUCUCUGCCUCCGUGUCGGCCAUGCCCGCUUUGAGCGUCCGCCAGAACGGUGCUUCGUGUACUGGCUUGGCAGACGGUUCUACCGACUCGCCGGCGUACAACUUUACGCUCGCGGCGUACAACACGACGUUGUCCAACACGAACAGCACCGGCGCGCCGCUCGUGCUCGGUUGGGGACCCGCCGGGACGAGCCCCGCUGCAAGCGAGUGGGCGAUCUCGACGUACGCUGCAUGGCACUCAAACGAGUGGCCGUACUUCACCCUCUCGAACGGUGCGCUCUUCCCCAUCCCGGGGCCCGACGAGAACGGCCUGGGCGCGUACGACUUCACGGUCGCCUCUGGUGCAGAGGUGGCCUUCUACGUCACCGAACACGAGUCGGAUCCGGAGCCUGCCCUCAUCUACUGCGCUUCUGCGGAUGCCGACUCCGAGUACGCGAAGCUCGCUGUGAACAACGACGCGGACAGCUUGUCGCUGUGCCAGGCGACGACCGCCGCGUGGCCGAACACAGUCCUCGUGUACGAGGCCAACUCGAACAACACGAACUAUGAUUACAGCACCUGCUACCCUGUCCAGGUUAACAUCGUCCCGUACGAGGCGUAAUUAGUUUACACACCAGUGCACUCCUUUGAAUAUUUGAUACUUGACGCAUGGACUAACGCUACGGACUUCAUGGACUGUCGUACUUUGCUUGUGUUGUUAGUUUAGUUGCUCCUAUUAUUAGUCCUAAUGCAUACAAUACCUUAUACUGUACGCGAAUCGACUAUCAUAUCAGGAUCCUUCCCACUUUUUCGCCAGUACUGGGCAGACCUGUCAGCUCAAGGUAUGCGCGUGUAGCGUGGCUAAAUGGAUCCUCUCCUCCUCAAGUACGAC